AUGAUUUUACUUGUCAAUGUUUCUUUUCAGAUAGGCGUCAUAGGAAAAUUCUUGGAUUCAAAUGAUGUCACUCACCUGAAUCCUGCGCAUUUUGCAGGUGAUGUAUGUGGUGCAGAUGCGCAUAGUAGUGGUGGUGGUGCAAAAUACAUUCCAGAUCAGUGCAGUUUAACAUUGUCUCGGGGCACCGGUCACACCGGCGACUCACUCACGCUCGCUGCACACUUUCACAAAACUAUUCCACAGGCACCUAACUACGUUUCGUUGUCACAUCACGUUAUCUCCUUGGACACUAAUACGGGACUAGCGAACAUGGGAUCCAACACUGGUUAA